UACGUAUCUUCCUGUUGAAGACGUGGCCCCGGGACUGCCAUAUUGUGUGGAGGGCUGUCGGAGUCCAGUGAACGGGCACGGAAAGGCGUAAUAACCGGCUUAAAGAACCGCAAACAUGGUGCUACUGGCUGCUGCGGUCUGUACGAAGGCAGGUAAGGCCAUAGUAUCACGGCAGUUUGUGGAGAUGACUCGGACACGGAUUGAGGGACUAUUGGCUGCUUUCCCAAAAUUAAUGAAUACUGGAAAACAGCACACCUUUGUGGAAACUGAAAGUGUUCGCUACGUCUACCAGCCUAUGGAAAAACUCUACAUGGUUCUCAUUACCACAAAAAAUAGCAACAUCCUUGAGGACCUUGAAACGCUCAGACUUUUCUCUAGAGUGAUUCCCGAAUACUGUCGAGCUUUGGAAGAGACUGAAAUCUCUGAUCACUGUUUUGAUCUAAUAUUUGCAUUUGAUGAAAUCGUGGCUUUGGGAUAUCGAGAAAAUGUGAACUUGGCCCAAAUCAGAACAUUCACUGAGAUGGACUCUCAUGAAGAGAAAGUGUUCAGAGCCGUCAGAGAGACCCAGGAACGAGAGGCAAAGGCUGAGAUGAGACGUAAAGCAAAAGAGCUACAGCAGGCUAGGAGGGAUGCUGAGCGUCAGGGUAAGAAAGCUCCGGGAUUCGGAGGGUUCGGAAGUUCUGGCUCUUCAUCUAUUUCCAGUAAUGCAGCAGCCUUGAUAACAGAGAACAUUAUUGAAUCAGAGAAAACAAAGACUGCUCCUGUAUCAACCAGACCAUCUGGCUCCAACAAAGCAUUAAAACUUGGGGCUAAAGGAAAAGAAGUAGAUAACUUUGUGGACAAAUUGAAAUCUGAAGGCGAAACUGUUACUUCAUCUGCUGGAAAGAGACAACCAGAAGCAUCAAAAGUCCUUCCUCCACCAACCCACAUAGAAAGCAUUCAUAUGAAGAUUGAAGAGAAAAUAACCUUAACCUGCAGCAGAGAUGGCGGUCUGCAGAACAUGGAAGUCCACGGUCUCAUUAUGCUCAGAGUGACUGAUGAAAAAUUUGGAAGGAUCCGUGUGCAUGUUGAUAAUGAAGACAAGAAAGGUGUGCAGCUCCAGACCCAUCCCAAUGUGGACAAAAAACUUUUUACAUCAGAUUCUAUCAUUGGGCUGAAAAACCCAGAAAAAUCUUUCCCCCUUAAUAGUGAUGUUGGUGUCUUAAAAUGGAGACUGCAGACAACAGAUGAUGCUUCAAUUCCUCUCACCAUUAACUGUUGGCCUUCAGAAAGUGGAAGCGGCUGUGAUGUAAAUAUAGAGUAUGAACUUCAGGAGGACAAGCUAGAACUGAAUGAUGUUGUCAUUACAAUCCCAUUGCCGUCAGGAGUUGGGGCUCCAGUGAUUGGAGACAUAGAUGGGGACUAUCACCAUGACAGCCGAAGGAAUACACUAGAGUGGACACUUCCUGUCAUUGACAGCAAAAACAAAACUGGAAGUCUGGAAUUCAGCAUUGCUGGUCACCCUAAUGAUUUCUUCCCAGUAACCGUGUCCUUUGUGUCCAAGAAAAACUACUGCAGCAUACAGGCAACCAAAGUGACUUUUGUGGAUGGGAACAGUCCUGUGAGGUUUUCAGCUGAGACGGCUUUCCUUGUGGACAAAUAUGAGAUCCUGUAACCAGAUAACCGAUAGUGGUGUAUUCUCCACAGAUGAUCUUCAAGAUUCUGGAUAGAAGCUUCUAUAGGAUUUUUCUGUAUGUCUUGAAGGCAGGCAGAAAUCCCAAAUCUGAACUAUCCUGCAAAUUCUGUGCACUCCUUUGACAGAGAGGGGAGGCCAGCAUUUUGUUAUUUCUAAUAUUUUUAUUCCUUACUUUAGGGCAAUACAUUUAAGUUCUCCUUUUGGCAAGAAUAAAGACCAUAUUCCUUCAAGCACCCCAAUAUUGAGGGAUGCUCCUAUCUCAAAGAAAGUACCAUUUCUGCACCUGUGUCCUUUUGUCAGCAACAAGCGUCUUUUUGUUUUUUGAAAUAUUUGAUUUUUUGUUUUUGUUUUAUGCUUUAGCUUAUUUUUGCAGGCAAAGGGAUGACAUAGCCUACCCAAUGAUAAUGGCGUGGAUGCACAAAGCAGGGACGAAGAAGGAUUGGCAGGACCUUAUAUAAAUAUAUUUUUUUUUUUUGUAACCCUGUAUAACUUCAUAGAGAAUAUACACAUUCCAAACCACAUUGAAAUACUGUUCUGUAAUUAAAUAAAUGCGGUGAGAUGGAA